UAAGCUUUAAUUUAAUAUGUUAAGUUCGCCAUAUCUAUUCUUAACUAUUAAUUAAUGAAGGAGCAAACAAGAUUUAAUUACGUUGCAGAGACAUGCAUGGUGGUUGUUGGACCACGGCACAGAAAUGUACAUUACAUAACAUGGUACGACUAAACGGAGCUUUAGCUGUUAAUGAUGUGCAUGUCAUGAGGAAAACGUUGGUGUCUAUACAUGUUUGGAUUGGACAAAAAUUCUUUGUCUCUGAGUUUGAGAGAUUAAUUGAGUUAAAGACAAAGUUAGCUCGACAGAUCCGCGGCAUCAUAUGCACUAUAGUAUGGAGGGAGGGACCGGGUUCAGGUUUUUAACCUCAAUUCACAAUUCACAACCAAACACGUUCCUUCUUUCUCUAUCAUAUCUUCAAUUCCUUAGCAGCUUCAUUUUUUUCUUUCUUUUUCUGGGAGACUACCGUAUCAACAAAUAUAGGACUUGUUUGAUUUAAUUGUAUAAUUAAUUAUAUCAUUAUCAACUUAGUCACCAAACGACUACGACAUCACUCUAAGAAUGAAUCCUCUCUUUUUUUUUUCUGUUCUACUAUAUUCUAUUAUACUUGGUUAUUAUAAUUCAAAACAUGUAUCGAGUCUAUCUUUAUCGUUUGAAUAAGUAUAAGGAGCCAAUGACCUAAGCGUACAAUGUGUACAUUGCAGGUUUAUGAAGUAUUAGAGAUAUGACUGUUAGUGUUAUAUUGUCCUGUCAAGUUAGGCUUUUGGGAUGAGUGGUUUCAUGAUAUAGUAUUAGAGUUCUAGAUUCAAAAGGUCAAGAGUUCGAUUCUUGGCGAGAUCUUAGCAACUAGCAAGGCAACACGAUGGGUCUCAAACAAUUACAUACAAAUUCCGGAUUUCAUGUGGACCAAGGCUAAGUAGGCCCAUUUAGCGGUAGUUCCCAGAGAGUUGGCGUUUGUGUACAAAUGGGCAAAAACGAAAAACAUUAAAUGGACCUCCCUUUAAGAAGCCUUGUGUAUGUUCUAGGUUGAGCCCACUUGAUAAGCCCAAAUGGAAAAGUGGAGAACACGUUCCGAAAUUUGAAAGAGAAUUUGAAAAUGGAACACUUUCCCUCCUCCCUCACCAAACGGACGCCAUGAAGAAGAGGCUUCCUUCAUCCGCAGAAGAAUUCCUUUCUUCAGCCACAAAGCUAACUCUCAAAACCUCGAAGCCAUCACUCAAAACCCAAAUUCACGCCAUCAAACCAUCCUCCGAACUCUCCUCUACACUCCCUCAAUCCCUCUGCAAUUCAAUCUCCUCCGCAAUUCAAUCCUUCCACAACCUUCUUCAACCAAACCCUCCAACAACCCUCAGCCCCACCAAAUCCCCUCGCACCCCUCCCUCCAAGCGCCUCCGUCGCUCUUCUCGCCUCGAUCCCCCACUCGCCAACCCGGAUGAUGAGAAGGACAAAAUUCUCGAGCGCCUCCAAAUUCUCGCGCAUAUCGCGCAACUUUGCGUCUCGCACCCCAAGAAACCGUUCUCGCCGUCGGAUUUGCUCCCGGGAGUUCAGGUGCUUCACGAUAACUUGAUCGUGUUCGAGUCCGACUCGGUUCUUUCCUCGUCGAUCGAGUGCUUGUGCGAGGAAUGGUGGAAGGACAAUCUUCCCGGCCGAGAGUCUUUAAUCUCGCAGACUCUCCCUUUUCUCCUCGCGAGAUCUCUCACGGUGAAGAAGAAGGUCGACGUGCACAAGGUCUACACGCUCCGGGAGGCUUUUGCUCUGUUUGACUUUGACGACGACAGCAUCGAGGAUUUGAAGCUGUUGCUGGUUCGUUGCGUGAUUUCGCCGCUGUAUUUGAAGACAGAGGACGGAAGGAAAUUCCUCUCGUUCGUGUUUGGUCUGAGCCAACAGUUAGCGAAGGAAGUUUUGGCUAUGAUUCGCUCCCAGAUACCGUUUGGGAGGAAGUCGAUGCUUGAGUCUUACGGGGAUAUCCUGUUUCGGGCAUGGAAAGCAGCUGAAGGGGAUUCGAAAAGCGAAAUUGAGAAUGGGUUCUUGCAGGAGAUGAUCGAAGCUGCUAUACAUGCUGGUUCUUCAGCCCUUGCUUCAUAUAUUAGAAGGAUUUUUGGAGCAUUUGUUGAACAAAGGACCACAGAUGGAGUUGAGAAGCUUCUGUUUCAGCUUGCUGAGCCUGUGAUAUUUAGGUCCUUGCAGGUUGCAAACUCAAAUGUUAGGCAGAAUGCUUUACAUUUACUUCUUGACUUGUUCCCUCUUGAAGACCCUGAUGCUACGAAAGAGGAGAAAGAUAUAUUGCUUGAUAAGCAGUUCUUCUUAUUAGAAAGGUUACUUAAAGAUGAUUGUCCACAAGUGAGAACAAUUGCUGUUGAGGGUUCCUGUCGUGUGCUUCAUCUGUUUUGGGAAAUUAUUCCUUCACCAAUCAUAACAAAGAUAAUUACAAAACUAUUUGAUGACAUGUCUCAUGAUGCAUGCAGUGAAGUGAGGGUUUCCAUGUUAAAUGGCAUAAUUUAUUUGCUUGGCAAUCCCCACUCUCAUGAAAUUCUUAAGGUUCUCUUGCCAAGACUUCGGCAUUUAAUGCUGGACAAUGUUCUCACGGUUCGAAUUGCUGCAGCAGAUCUCUUAGUACACCUAGAGGACGUCAGAAAUUUUCAGUUCAACAAGGUGGUGGAGCUUGAUUCACUAUUGUCUAUCCUUGCUAGUGAUCAACCUCCUGUGGCUCAGAAGAUAACAAAAUUGCUUAUGCCAUCAUACUUUCCCUCGAAAGUACCCAUUGAGGAGGCAUGUAAUCGUUGCAUUACACUUAUGAGAAGGUCUCCGAUGGGAGGUGCAAUCUUCUGUAAAUUUGCAAUCUUGGAAGGAGCACCUAAAGAUCAUCUUAUGGAACUCAUCAAAGCAUUCAUGAGUUUGGUCUUGUCACCUCAUAAGUUGGAUGCAAAUCAGAUUGAGGGUUUUCUUGUUGCUGCUAGCUACCUUUGUGAUGACUUAGCCAGUGAACUAUGCUACAAGAAUGCCCUCAAACAAUUAUUUACUCAAGAGAAAGUAAAAAAAUUACUUACUUUGGCAUCAACAGGCCAAGCUCAAUCUUCUUUAUUCAACCUCCUUUCUGCUGUCCAUCCAGAUGGUGUUGCUGGACUACUUGAAGAAUGCAUGGCUAUUGUCACAAACUGCAAUGGCUUAUCUGAGGAUGUUGAUCGCCAAUCUGAAAUGAGGUCUGCACAUAAGUUAUUGCUUUCAUUGGGUUAUUUUGAUGAUAUGUUGGAAGCCUUAACAUCCCUCUUGCAUAAGGCUGCUUACCGGUGUCAUAUUAAAUUUGGCACAGUCAUGCCAUCACAUAGCAUUUCUUCUGUUAAGGGGAAGAAAUCUAAAUCCUCUGGAAAAUUUUCAUUUAAAUCAAAGAUUAUAAACAGAAAGCAAUCUUUUGAGGAUGAUUAUUUAGUUGCUGUCGGGAUAGCAUGGCAAGUUAGGGACUUCCUUCUAAAUGAGGAUACCAGAAAAGCCUUGCUAAGACCUCAAACGUUAGAGAUGUUAUUUUUAUCCCUCAAGAUAAUCUCCGAGGUCACAAUUGUGCAUUGUGGGGAGUAUGAUUACAUGGACAUUUCACCCAUUUUGGCAUAUAUGGCUAUUGCUCUGCAAAUGACCGUUGAUAUUGUUAGCACAACUAGUAUUCAGAAUAAUGAUACGAAGAGGAAAAAAUGUAAGACUGAGGCUUCUACAUCACUCUCAGAGUCUGUCUUGGAGCAGACGAUAGAGCAUGUGCUCGACUGUUUAGAAAAACUAUUUGUAGCAGAUGACUCCACAAAAAAUGACAAAGUUGAUUCAGAUCUUCAGUCUGCCAACAGGACAAAUAGAAUUGCCACACAAAGGGAUUCUGCGCACAACAAACCUCGGCAAGUAUUAUGUAAGGUGAAGAUGCUUACUGCUGUUCUCAAGUUCAUGGCUGACACAUUCGCAAUGGAUUUUGCUCCCCACAACCAUGAAUUAUUCUUAAAUUACACAUCAAAAUGUGUGCAGCACAUUAUGUCUUCGUUGGACAGGCUACAUCAUAAACAGAUACAGUUUAACGAAGAUGAUAUGAAAAGCGUAUUCUUUUGUCUGAAAAGCUCUUUCACCUAUGCAACAAAAGUACUAAAUAUGACACUCACAGAUUCCAGUGGAUUAUCCACAAAUUCACCAACAGCUUUUGCCCUUGCAAAUGACCUGCUUGAUUUAGUCGUUUUGAUUGAAUCAUACUUGGGCUCUGGAUAUGCCUCGCGUCUUGUUGCAGCAGCAAACCCUUGGCUCCCCGAUUUGGUUCUGGCAUUAGCAUCUAUAAGUGUUCAGAAACAUGGUGUGGGUGGCAGGAAACAUUCAACUGCAUCUGACCAAAUGAAGCUUCGUAUUCCAAAAUGGCUCUUGAUCGUAGCCAAGACUGAGCUGUCAUCUGUAAAGGAUGCUGCAGAAGAUGGAUAUUCCGACCAACAGAAAUUCUCCGCCUUUGAUAGGCUUUUGUCCAUGCUGGUUGUGUUAUUGAAAAAGAAUUCCGAUGUAAUGGAUGCAGUUGGGGUUAUUUUCUUGGAUUCUUCACUUGUUGGGCUGGAAAGAAAAGACAUUGGACUGGCAUUAGGACUAUUGCACUUUGUACGUUUCAAGUUGUUCGAACAUGACGACAGGGAUUGGGGUGACAUGAUGCUGUCUUCUCUGCAGGGAAUCUAUCCUAAGAUAGAGAGGGAAAUUGCAGAAGAGAAUCAUGAAGAGGAACUGGAUAAAUUAACCUUUGCAAAAGAUUUGAUUGAACCUCUUUGGAUGCAUCAUUUAUAUGAAACUGGAAAGGUAUCCAUGACAGAUGAAUAGAAAGUUAGAACUAGUUUUAUUUCUGAAUGUUUCACCUCCUCAGUAUCAUUCAGUCUAAAUAAUAUGAAGAGGCCUUUAGAUGCCCAAUAUACAUAAUUCUCUUCAUUUACAGUGUAACUGAAGCAAUAGCAUAAAGCAAUAUAAUUUGCCAGUGCAUUACAAGUUUUUUUUCCCCUUAAAAAAUCCAAUGAAAUGCACUCGGACAAAUCGCAAAA